CGUAUAUGAUAAAGCUGCAAGUGAGCAGAGUAGCGCGGCUCACGACGUCUUCAUUUCCAACACUUCUGCAAGCAUGAUUGUUACAGGUUUGUCGUUGGAGACCCUUUCAAUCUUAGUGGUUUCGGUGGCUGCACUGCGCGCAUUGCAGCUCUUCUUGGAUUUCCGUCGACUAUUGGCAAGCAUUCAUCAUCUUCCAGGAUACAGAACAAUUAUGAGUUCGUCAAAUGUGCUCGGACGCCUGUUGCCCUCGACCCCCUUUUUUUUUGUUUCCAAUUUCUGUCCUUUUCAGAGUAGUACUCUAUGUAGGACAUUACGAUCUAAACUAGAGACCCCCAGUGUCUCGAGUGCAUCUCAGGCUAGCGAAUGCCCUGAUGUGGAGCGCACUCUCAUCAGUCCGCCGUUCCCGCCGGCCGUUUUAGACGCUCUGCCCUUUGGAUGAGAUGACUAUGUGCGCGCUCUGGUACAGGAAUCGGGA